AUGUUUCAACGUCAUUUUACUAAGUUAAACGAUCUUAUCCGAGAAAAUAAAGAUGUAUCACAAGCAGUUCAAACAAUGACCGACUUAUCACAUGAUUUCAUCCGAUUUAUAGAGUUUUAUUCAUUACCUAUGGAUAUUAUUGAACAAGUUUUAGCAAAUACAAAGAUUGAUUUUACAAGAAAGGAAACUGUAUUCAUUCUUCAGAAUUUUGCAUAUGUUUGGCGUAAAAAUAAUGAUAAACUUGCUCCGGCCAUUUCGAAGUAUCCUCAAGGCGUUCCAGGUAAGGCAAUUGUGGACCUGAUAAAAGAUGAAAAGUCCUGGGUUCCAACAAACAAUGUAUUGCCUGGCGAAUUAUCUGAAAACGAACCAAAUUACUUACUUAUUCAAUCUAAACAGAAGAGAGCACUUGCAUCUUUACAAAAUGAAUUCAAUAAUGAAAUCGCAAGCUUACAAAAACAAGCUCCAAUUUUAAGACAAGGAUAUAUUGACUUUUCAAACGCAAUGGAGCAAGUUCAACUUGAAACUAAGAAGAAAUUAUACACAGCACAGUUACUACACGAAAACAAAAUGCAAGAAUACCAAGCAUUAAUCAAAAAAUUACAAGAAAGAGGUGACGAGCUCGAAGAGAGAAUUAACAACCCUAUUUCAGAAAAAGAAUAUAAAAUACAGAUGAACAGACUCGAAGCAUCAAACAAAGAAAUGAAAAUCAGAUUAGAGACCAGAAUCGAAAAAGAAAUUGAUACAAUCCAUGAUAAACUUGCCUCAGUGGGACAGGGUAAGUCAAGCGCAGAACUUAAACAAGAAAAGGAACAAGAGAGAAUCGAAAAAGAAAUCAGAGCCAAAAGAGGAAUUCCUGAGGAAGCUGCCGGAUUCAAUAUUCCUUUGAAACCAAUUCCAAUUAAAGUUCUCCAUCCUUCUUACGAAAUCAGGAAGCCAAUCAAGAUUAAAAACAUUUUUGAUGCAAUUUCGAUGCACAACUUCGAAGCAAUGAAAAAGUUUGUUGAGGAAGACCCAGAUACAGUGUACGAUACAAACGAUGAGGAUUUAACUCCUUUACAUUUAGCUGCAAAAUUAUCUUUAAUUGAUUUCACAAAAUAUCUAUUGGAAAAGGGUGCAGAUCCAAAUGCUUUUGAUAAGCGUGGCUUUGCUCCAAUCCAUUAUGCAGGAGUUCGUGUAAAUACUGAUUUAAUUGAUUUAUUGUAUCACAACAAUACCGAAAAAGGUCUUAGGAGCAAAUCUGGACAAACAACAUUGCAAAUACUGCAGAGUUGCGAAGAUGAUAAGAAGUUAUUAAUGGAUGCUAUUAAAGACGGCAAACUCGAUACCAUCGAUUCGAUUUUAGAACGUUGGCCCGACUUAGUUAACCAUAGCUUCAUGCAAGGAUUGAGGUUUAUUCAUCUUGCGGCUGCUUAUGGCAAUGUCAAAUCAAUUGAACACUUAUUGAAGUGGGAUGCUGAUAUCAACCAGUAUGAUUAUAAACUGGAUACACCACUACAUUACGCUGCAAGAUAUCAGAUGAAAGAAGCAAUGCAGUUCCUGUUAAAUCACGGAGCUGAUUACAAAGUUAAAGACCUUGAUGGAGCAUCACCAUUCCAAUUCCUUCAAAGAACUAAAUAA